UUUAAUCCAUCAUUACUCUUUUAUGUUGCAGGUUCUCUGCCGAUACCAGCACAUCUGGAAUAUUGACCUGCGCUUUCGCCCAGCGUUCCUUGGUGGCAUAAUGCAACAAACUGGUAACAAGCCACCAGCAAUGUUACCCAAGCGUGCUGAAUACCUGCUGAAGGAUAUAAAAAGAAUGGCAAAAUACUACCAAGUGCCUGUAAAAAUUUCCGGAGAUGACUUCCAACGUAUUUUUCGUACAAGCAGUCUUCCGGCCAUGCGCUUUAUCACAGCCAUUGAUAUGACAAAACCAGAAUACCUGGAACCCUUAUCUAGGGAGUUCUGGAUACGUUUCUGGUCACAGCAUGAAGAUAUCAGUCAGCCAGAGAACAUAUUGACUGUUGCCCGACAGGCUGGGCUAUCAUCAGAGCUCUCCCAGAAGGCACUUGAAAUGAUUUCAUCCCUUACAGUGAAGGACCGACUGAGAGAGACAACAGAUGAAGCAAUGAAAUAUGGGGCAUUUGGGAUGCCUGCUGUUGUGGCACAUUAUAAUGGGGAACCUCAUCUCUUUUUUGGCUCUGAUCGUUUAGAGCUGCUAGGCAGCGUUAUAGGUGAAAAAUGGCUGGGACCAACCCCAAGUGCCAAGCUGUGAAAAGUCCUGGGGAAGUAUACAAGAAGGAAAAUACAUAUAUAUAUACACACAGUCAAUCUUCAGUGAUUAUCUGAAUAUAUCAAUUUUAGGGAGAGAUGGCUUUCUGAUCAAUAACAGUUACUUUUACAGCUUGAUCUCAUCUCCAAUUAGGAAGAAUUUCAAGGUUUGCCAGUAUUACAGUUUGGUGAGGUCUUUACCAGUACAAAUGUGCUUGGUUUUUUUCAACAGAUCACAGACUAACAUGAAAGAUAAAACAUUAAAUAUUUAACUUCUUGCAGAUCAAA